AUGAAAAAAACAACAGCAUUAGCAACAAUAAAUGUCACACGUAUCGACUGUGUACUGGAAGACCAAGUUCCGGAUCGAAUAGAUGACCAAUUAUGCACAUCCGAAUUACAAGAAACAAAUAUGUGUUCGGGUGAUAGUGGUGCUGGAUUAAUGUUCAAGACUAAAAGUGGCACAUGGAAUAUUGCUGGAAUUGCUUCUGCUGGGACAGAUUGUCGAAUUAUUAAUAUAGCAAUUAACACGAAAGAUGCGACUGAUGAACCAAUCGUCGACAUUAGUUUAGACGGAAGCGUUUUCAUCGAUGUGCGAGCACAUAAUCAAUUUAUUUGUCAGUAUGCUGGGAUAUGUUUUGACGAAUCUGAAAAUCAGCCAAAAAUUAAAGCUAUAUUACUUUGA